AUGCAUGUACGAUUAUUGCUAGCCAGCGUCGCCUUUGGCCUUUUCAUCGCUUCUUGUGCGUAUGGUGCAGCGACAAGUGCAACUCCCAAAGUGGAACCGUACGACACUUCCUCUCCCAUGCGUCCUACCUCGACAGAUUCCAAAGCAUCCACGUCUCCUGGUACGUACGAUGCUGCUUCAGAACCUCUGACGCACAAGCCUCAACGUGAUGGCCGACACGAGAUCCGCUUCACUCUACUUGGUUGUCCUGCGCCUGUUCGUCCCAAGAUCUCCGGCACCUCAGGCAGCAAGGGUCAUUUCACGCCGUCUCCGCCGGGCACCAUGGUCGUGCCUGCCGACUUUAUUGGUUCGGUCUACCUCGCCGGCGAAGGCUGUGGCAAGUAUGGCGACAAGUGUCAGUCUGUCGAUCUAACUUUCCAGCCCAACCCAAGCAAAACGGUGCGAAGCUACAUCAACUUGGACGCCAUGUACGGUAAAAAGUUCCUGUAUCCAGUCAAGGCUAGAUUCGACGAUAAUAGCGACACGAGUGAUGCAGCUACCAUCGACUGCGCCAGCUACGACUGCAUCGACGGAAGCAGAGACCCCGACGAUUUCAUUUCGAACCGCAUCUACUCGAGCACGAAAGGUGUUGGUGUAGAUAUUGUUUACGAUUGCAGGGCCAACACCACCUCCACCACCAACUAA